AUGAAUGCAGGAAACAGAACAAAAAUGGGCAAGAAGAGAAACCCUGGGCUGAAAAUUCCUAAAGAAGCGUUUGAACAACCACAGACAAGCUCUACGCCCCCUAGAGAUUUAGACUCCAAAGCCUGCAUCUCUAUUGGCGAGAAGAACUUUGAAGUGAAGGCCGAUGACCUGGAGCCGAUCUCUGAACUGGGCCGAGGUGCGUACGGGGUGGUGGAGAAGAUGCGGCACAUGCCUAGCGCACAGAUCAUGGCGGUGAAGCGGAUCCGAGCCACAGUGAAUAGCCAGGAGCAGAAGAGGUUACUGAUGGACUUGGACAUCUCCAUGAGGACGGUAGACUGCCACUUCACGGUCACUUUCUAUGGUGCGCUCUUUCGAGAGGGAGACGUGUGGAUUUGCAUGGAGCUGAUGGAUACCUCAUUGGACAAAUUCUACAAACAUGUCAUUGACAAAGGCCUGACGAUUCCUGAAGACAUCUUAGGGAAAAUAGCCGUCUCUAUUGUAAAAGCACUAGAACAUCUACAUAGUAAGCUCUCCGUAAUUCACAGAGAUGUAAAGCCCUCUAAUGUGUUGAUCAAUACACAGGGGCAGGUGAAAAUGUGCGAUUUUGGAAUUAGCGGUUACCUUGUUGACUCUGUUGCUAAAACCAUGGAUGCAGGAUGCAAGCCCUACAUGGCUCCUGAAAGAAUCAACCCGGAGCUAAACCAGAAGGGAUACAGCGUCAAAUCGGAUAUCUGGAGUCUGGGAAUCACCAUGAUCGAGCUGGCGAUCCUAAGGUUUCCGUAUGACUCCUGGGGGACGCCGUUCCAGCAGCUCAAACAGGUGGUGGAGGAGCCGUCGCCGCAGCUUCCGGCGGACAAGUUCUCAGCGGAGUUUGUCGAUUUUACCUCACAGUGCUUGAAGAAGAAUUCCAAAGAACGGCCAACAUACCCAGAGCUUAUGCAACACCCUUUCUUCACCCAGCACGAAUCCAAAGAGACAGAUGUGGCUUCUUUUGUAAAACUCAUCCUGGGAGACUGAGAAAUGGACUUGUACAUGAUUUGCCCUUCUAUGGACUGGUGGGUUUAGGGGAAGGGGUGUGCGGCGGGGCUCGGUCACGAAAGCACCAAUAGAAAGUCGCCUUCUUUUAAAAAUUUUAAAAUCCCCGCCUCUCCAAUGUUUUUAAAGGGUUCUUUGGUAUCCAUAGUGACAUAGAGUGAACUGGUUAGUGAAAUGAAUUUUAAUAAGGUUGGCACCC